AUGGACAUCUGGAGAGCAGUGGAUGCUUUUUAUAAAAAAGGCUGUUUUGUCAGAAUCUUAAACUCCACUUUCAUUGCUCUAAUCCCUAAAAAGAAAGGAGCAGAGGAGAUUAAAGAUUUCAAAUCCAUCAGCCUGCUGGGUAGUAGUGUAUACAAAAUAUUUUCAAAAUUAGUGGCAGAAAGACUUAAGAAGGUUAUAAAUAGUCCGAUUUCCCCUAAUCAGAAUGCUUUCAUCAAAGGAAGACAAAUUACUGAUGCUGCUUUGGUUGCCAAUGAGAGCCUUGAUAACCUGAUGAAAAGGAGGAAAAAAGGGGUGGCCUGCAAGCUUGAUUUAGAAAAAGCGUAUGGUCAUUACAAUGUUGAGGAGAGCGGAAAGUUUGGAAUGGUUAAAGGGGCUAAGAUUGGCAAGACAGAUCAAGAAGGCAUGAUGCUUACUCAUAACUUAUAUGCAGAUGACUCUCUCCUAUUCUGUGAAGCUGAUAAAGCUCAAAUGCUAUAUUUGAGAGGGGUGCUCCUGUGUUUUGAGGCUGUUACUGGACUAAAAGUUAACUUGGCUAAAAGUAGUAUUUUUAGCAUCAAUGCUGAUGAGUGUGUUGAGGAUCUGGCAAAUAUAACGGGUUGCAGACUAGAGAAAUUGCCCACUGCUUACCUGGGACUUCCACUAGGGGUGAAGAGAACGGAUAAGAAUAUUUGGCAAGGGGUUAUAUUGAUAGAUGUAGCAAGAAGCUAA